AUGGACCCACCACCGCAACCCUCGACGCUUCCUGCAGAGAUCUCGACGGAUGCUCCGUCUGUGGUGCCAAUCUCUGAAGCAGCACCCCUAGCCGCCGAAGCUUCCCAGCCUCUCACUUCUGUAGCAUCAGCAGACGAGGAGUCCGUACCAGCCCAGCCGCAAAGCUCGGCAGAAACGACAGACGCUGCUGUCAUCGGCUCGAUAGAGGCAGGAACAGCACCCGCAGACCCUGUCCUUCCGCAGUUGCCGCCGGCAACCUCAGAGCUUCUCGCACCUGCAGGGGAGGAAUCGACUCAAGUUCCGAUUGGCGGGCUCGACUCCACAUCAGAAGGGACUCAAGACGGGACCGCGGCGACCUUACAAAGCACCUCAGGGGACCAAACCGUUCCAGUGGUCCCAUCUACCGAAGAUGAUGCCGCGCUUCCUCAGGAGACGACAGAGUCCGCUGAGGCACAGGUAAGCGCGGACACAGCUCAAGAUACUGCAUCAGCACCGAUCAUCUCCAGCAUCGAACAGCCUUCCUCGAUAGAGCCAACGACCGCCGCAAUUUCUGCGCCAGAGCUUGAUUCUACGACAGUAGCGCCGGCUGCUCCACCAUCGUCCGAAGAUGCGCCUCCAGCGAGCGCUUCAGAGCCUCAAUCGGCGCAAUCAAACCAGUCUGCAGAUGCUUCAGCCUCAGAACAAGCUGCGAUCGCGCCAGCUGUCAAUCCUUCAACUGAAGGAGCAUCUGCGCAAGCCGUCGCAGGAGCAGAAGCAGCGGCGAUGGCACCGGCGACUGAAGCCACAUCUGCAUCAAGCAACACGGCAGCGAUCGAGCCUGUCGCUCAAGAGGCUGCCGUCGACGAGCCAGCUCAAUCUGUGGCUCCAGACAUUGCUUCUCAGUCGCAGGCCGAUGAGUCCGCAGUUGCGACAGCACAAGAUGUAGCAGCCUCGACCAUCGCAGAAGCGGAAGCAGUUAAAAGCGGCUCGACCGCCACUGCUGCGGUAGAGUCGAAGGAUACGGAAGCAAAGACAGACGACAAACCUGCUGCAGCGACGUCAUCCAGCGAUGACGUCGCUCUGGUGCCCGCGAUAGAGACCAUCGCUGCAUCAGAAGCUGCACCGACUUCGAUGCCCGCGACGCCCGAGAAGAGAGCGCCGAUCGACGCAACAUCCGCAGCACAACCGGCCACAUCGCAGCCCUCCACGCCAGCUCGCGAGGGCAGAGUCGCGCUCAUCUUGCGCAUCAACAAGGAGCUCAUCCGAUUCUGUGUUGACUUGCAAGCCAAGGAGCUCACAACGGAUCAAGUCUACCGCGAAGCUGCCGUGCGUCUGCAGGCCAACCUGGCCUAUCUGGCAAGCGUCGCCGACAAGGCCGGCAAGAGCGUGGAUCCUGGUGCGCGGUCAGCGCCAAGUGGAGCCUUGCCGCGACUGGAGCCGUUCCCGCGAAGCGAGCAUGCGCCUUCGUCGCCUCUGCCAGCUCUGUAUGACAAGCUCAUCGCCAUCUUCGGUGCGGCCGGUCAGGCGGAUUCGCCGGUAGCAGACGGCAAGAAGAGGUCGCGGGACUCGACGGCGGAUCCAAGUGGUGAAAGCCCGCAGAAGCGGACAGCGACCAAAGGCGUUGAGCGACCGCAGGACGUCUCGGCUGCUGGGACGCCAUCGUCCUCUACGAGUCAGCCGCAGCCGAUCGUGAGUGCGACGGCUUCAACUCAGCCCGCAGACGCGACAUCGACGCCAGCACCGGCACAACCGCAGCAGCCAGCACCAGCACCACAAGCAGCUUCGCAGCAGCCGCAACAACCGUCACAAGGUCCUGACUUGUCCUUGGCGCCUCCUGUGCCGAUCGCCCCGCCAACCGCCGCUCAGAACAUUCCCAACAACCCGCAAGCGCAAGCCCUCAUGCAAGCCUUUGGUCCCAAUGCACUCGUCAACCUGCACGCCCUUCAGUCACACCUGCGUGGGCAAGGAACACACCCUUGGGUUGCGUACAUGGAAGCCAAUCUCAACGGCUUCAAGGCGAUGCCAUUGCAAGUGCAGCUCCAGCACAUGACGACAUUACAGAACGCCGCCUUGCAGCGGCAGAAGGCCAUGCAGGCUGGUGGAGACUCCAGCGCGGCGACUGGCAGUCCGGCUGCGAUGCCAAAUGGUGGUAUCGGUAGUACUUCCAGCCCAGCUGGGACGCGACCAGGCAGUCGACACUCGAACAGCCCAAGUCAGGCGCAGUCGAGUCCGACUGCGGCCCAAUUCGGUGGCAACGCACCCGGCCGAACAGGAACGCCCCUCGGCGGACCAGCAGCGAUGCAGAAGCGACCAGGCAGCUCCGGUUCCGUCGGCAGCGCCGGACGCAAUCGCACCGGGUCGUCCAAUCUCGCUUUCGACCCGUCGCAGCUGCAAUCCGCUCCCAGCCCUGCCAAUGUGGCCUCUGCCACGGACUUCUCCGCGCAGCAGCCCAACUUUGGAUUCCAACCGCCUGGGUUGCAGCAGGGAUCGCCCGCAGCGGGUGCCUCGCCCGGACAGCAACCUCCGCAGCCCCAGCCCGGCAUGAUGGGCAUGCCCAACUUCCAAAACCUGCCGCCGCACCUGCAGCAGCAGAUCCGACAGCAGUACAUGGCGCACAUGCAGGCUCAGGCGGCGCAAGGCCAGCAACCGCCAGGCUUCAAUCGGCCAUGA